CGACCAUUAAUUCGGCGACGGCUUCAAAGUGCUAUCAUGGGACCUAUCAAGCACAAAGCCCUCAUCAAUGUGGAUCUGGGAGAAGGGUUUGGGAAUUGGACUAUCACUUCAGAUGAAGAUUUGCUUCCGUUCAUUGAUCAUGCCAAUAUCGCCUGUGGCUUCCAUGCCUCUGACCCCCUCAUCAUGAUGGACACCGUUCGCAGCUGCAAGCAACACGGAGUCAAAAUCGGAGCCCACCCCGGCUUGCCAGAUCUUCAGGGCUUCGGCCGUCGCGAAAUGAAACUUUCACAAGAAGAACUCACUGCGAUUACUAUUUAUCAAAUUGGUGCUCUUCAGGGGUUCUUGGACAGGGAGGAAGUUCCCCUUCAUCACGUCAAGCCUCAUGGAUCGCUUUAUGGAAUGUGCUGCCGAGACUACGAUACUUCGGUCGCUGUAUUCAAGGCUGUACCCAAGGGUGUCAAAGUAUUUGGGCUUCCGGGAACUUGCAUGGAACAAGCGGCCAAGGAUUUGGGGCUCGAGUUUAUUGCAGAGUUUUAUGCGGAUGUUAAGUAUAAUGCGGACGCUUCUCUGCUGAUUGAGCGGAAAAAGAAGGCUUGGGAUCUCGCCGAAGUCCGAAGACGCGUUUCACAGCAGAUGGAAACAUGCACUGCUGUUGCGAUCGAUGGAUCGACUUGCGAAUUGCCUGUCAAAGAUCAUCCAAUCUCCAUUUGCUGUCAUUCGGACGUUCCAGGAUGUUUGGAGCUGGUCAAAGAGACAAGAGCCGUUGUUGACAUAUUCAACAAGACUUAUUUCCCCGACCUCUCGAUGGUAUAA